AUGCCCAUCUAUGCAGUGAGAGGAGAUGAUGUAAUUCUGCUUGAUCCCCCAGCUACAUUUGUGCAAGACACUCUGGACCCAUGUUUUAAUGGCCCCAGUACAUCCAGGGCUGUUGAUAAAGAGACAGUGUCUGUAGACACUGAUCUUCAGGAGUUUCAAAAUCUUCUGAUGCUUGAGUAUCUAGAUCUGAGUAGAAACAGUAUUAGUACAUUAACCUGUUCAGACUUUGCCAAUUUAACACAGUUAAAUACGCUAUAUUUGUACAGCAACAAAAUUUCGAAACUUUUACCAUGUGUGUUUAAGGAUUUUAAUAAUCUUGAAAAGUUUAAGCUGGGGACAAAUUAAUUAUUGACGAUCGACGUUGCUUUUCAAGGCCUUCCUUCCCUGAAGUAUUUGCAAUUGACAUAAAAUAAGUUAAGCAGGAUUCGUAAGGAGAGCUUUAAGAGUUUGUCUAGUCUUAGUACCCUUGAUCUUGGGGACAAUCAGAUUUUUGAGAUUGAACCACAUGCAUUUUCAGGGCUAAAAAAUCUAACAGACAUUUUACUUUACUUUAACAUGAUAAGGGGUAAAACUUUAAAAGAUCCAGCUGUGUUCUCAGGCAUGCAUAACCUGAAAACCCUAGAACUGCGUAGCAAUAUCAUUCAUUAUGACGAUGAUACGCUGCAAAACCCUGUUUUUUAUUUAAAUUCACUGAACAUUUUGUCCAUUCACAGUCAAAGACAAGGUUUUGGUAAAUUCCCCUCAAAUCUGCCUUAAGGUUUAAUUUCCUUAAUAAAGUUAUAUGGUGGACGCAUUAAUCUGAAUAAUCUCCAUCCUGAUACGUUUAAGUCCACUCCUAAGCUUCGGGUUUUAGACCUUUCAAAGAAUAUGUACACAGGUGAUGACUCCAUAACCGCAGAAGUUUUUCACCCAGUUUCAAAGCUGAGGAUGCUUACCAUCAGAACCACUCAGAUUAAUUCUCUGAAUUUCUUAAUUAAUGCAAAUCUUUCUAGGCUUUCAGCCUUGGGAUCAUCUGAGAAUAAGUUAGACAUCAUCAGUCAAACGUUGAUUCAGUCACUUCCUCAUCUGACAUAUCUCGACUUGCAGAAAAACACCUUCACUUGUGACUGCAACAAUGCUUUUUUUAUCAACUGGGCUUUAACCAGUUACACCCAGGUCCUGUACCUAAAUGGAUAUACUUGUGGCUAUCCUUUAUCUCUGAGAGGUAAAAGCAUUUUAGACAUAAAUGUAGAGUCGUGCAACGUGAAUAUGGACUUCAUCAUGUCUGUACUCAGCUCUGUCGUGGUUAUGCAGACUCUUCUGGGGUCAUUUAUUUAUAAGUUCUUGCACUGGCAGGUUUUGUAUGCAUACUACCUAUUGCUUGCCUUCCUGUAUGACAGCAAACAGAAACAGAGGCACCAGAAACAUGUUUUCAAAUACGAUGCCUUUAUUUCCUACAGUGCAAAUGACGAACCUUGGGUUGUCGAAGAACUGAUUCCUAAUUUGGAAGGCAAACAGGGCUGGAGACUCCGUUUACAUCAUAGAGACUUUGAGCCAGGAAGAUCCAUCAUAGACAACAUCAUGGAUGGGAUAUAGAGCAGUCGUAAGACCAUAUGCUUGAUCACACAUAAUUAUUUGAGAAGCACGUGGUGCUCCAAGGAAAUCCAGCUGGCUAAUUUUAGACUGUUUGAUGAAAAGAAAGAUGUAUUAAUCCUGAUAUUCCUGGAGGACAUUCCUACCUAUCAGCUGUCUCCAUACCAUCGGAUGCGUCAGCUGGUAAAAAAGAAGACUUACCUUAAAUGGCCCAAACAUGGAGAAGACAUACGAGUAUUUUGGCAGAAACUGAGAAAGAACAUAGGGGAACAUGAGCUUCUAUAUAGUGUUUCAUUUAUGCAUUUUUUUUAA